AUGGCCACCCCCAAGAAUGUUGUCUUUGACGUCGUCGGCACGCUCGUCACAUACGAGCACCUCUUCGAGGCCAUCGACGAACGUCUUGGCGAGAAGCUCCGAGCCCGGGGCAUCCAGCCCAAGCUCCUCGGAUGCUGCUGGCUCGAGGUGGCCGAGCGCGAGUACACCUAUCUCUCCAUGUCCGGCCGCUACGUCGUCUUCUACAAGGUCUUCUCGUCCCUGUUUUACCGGUGCUUGCACUACGCCGGCGUCGAGGAGCCGCGCGCGUUCGCGAGCGACGAGGAUGUGGACUACCUGAUUGGCGAGUGGAAGAAGCUGCAGCUGCGAGAGGGGGCCGCCGAGUGCAUCGGCAAGCUCCGCGAUGCCGGCUUCACCGUCUGGUGCUUCACGGCCGGGGACAUUGCCCGCGUGGGAGGCUACUUUUCCCGGGGAGGGGUCGACAUGCCCGUUGAGAACCUGCUCUCGUGCGACUCGGCUGGGCUGGCGAAGCCGACCCCCGAGGCGUACACCCCUAUCCUGAAGAAGCUAUCCGCCGGCGGGAGCACACCCUGGUUUGCGGCAGCGCAUCUGUGGGAUGCGUCAACGGCAAAGACUGUGGGAUUCAAGGCGGCAUACUGCUCCGCCCUGGAGGGAGAGGCGUUACCUGACAUCUUUGGAGAGAUGGAUGUUGUGGCAGAAACGCUACCCGCUAUGGCAGACAGGAUCAUUGCUACCUUUUGA